AUGGAUCAAUGUAUUCGAUUCCCCGUUCUUACAUUUGCUAGUGGUUCGACGAACUCAAUGAUUGGUGCAGCUCAUCUAACCGGUAUUCAAAAUGGAAUAGUGAUUGAUGUAGGAGGUACAUCGACUGACAUUGGAGUGAUAGUCAAUGGAAGGCCAAGACAUACACAUGCGAAAGUAUAUCUGGUGGAUGACAUUCGUGUCAACAUGAGCAUGCCUGAUGUUCUUUCUUUGCCGUUAGGCGGUGGCACAAUCAUACAUGUUGACGAGGAAGCUAAAUCAGUAUGUGUUGGUCCGGAUAGCGUCGGCUACCAGUUAAUAACUCAUGGAUUGGCUUUCGGUGGUCAAACUAUUACCGGUACAGAUGUAGCGUUAGCUGCCAACCUGACUUCUCAGAUUGGUCAUUCAACUGUACAUUUGCCAUCGUUUAUUAUCGAACAAGUACUUGAUCAUAUAAUAAAUACAAUUAGUAGAGGCAUCGAUCGAAUGAAGACCAAUCAAGAGCCGAUACCUGUCAUUUUGUGUGGCGGAGGAUCAAUUCUGAUAAGUCCAGAACAAACUUUCGACGGUGUUACACAGAUGAUUCGUCCACCUCACUUUGCGGUCUGCAAUGCUGUGGGUGCUGCUCUUUGUCAAGUGAGCGCUACCAUUGAAUCGAUUGUUGACCUUGUUCCAUCGUCAAUCGACGAUGGAAUGCAACGAAAGCGUGAAAUCGAUCGAUUGACAUUGCAGGUUCAACAGCAAUGUGAACGAAAUGGAGCUCAUCCAAAUACAGUUCACUUGGUCGACAUAGAGCAAGUACCGUUAGCUUACUAUCCGGGAGGAUAUAAACAUCGAGUGUUGUUGACUGCUAUUGGGCAGCUUGAUCUCUCCAAAAUGAAAGGAUAUCAUCAACAAAGUACAGGACAACAACUCUUGCCAAAAGUUCCAGUAAGAAAACCACAAUUAUCUAAACCGCCAACAUAUAUGAACAUGGUCAACAAGCAACCGAUGUUUGAUGAAAAUGGUCUUUGGGUCAUCGAUCCAAUUGAUAUUGAAUACAUUGCUUAUGGAGUUGGUAUUCUCGGCUGUGGUGGAGGCGGUGAACCUUAUCACACAAAACUGUCAUGUCUCGAAAUGUUGAAUAAAUCAAAUGGUAUGAUACGUGUAAUAUCUCCAGCAUCUCUCCAUCCAUUGUUGGAUCUGGCCGCUAUUGUUGGUUUCAUGGGCGCACCCACUGUAUCGUAUGAGCAGUUACCAAGUGGUAAUGAAUGUUUAUUGGCUAUCAGCACUGUCGAAGAAUACCUCUCUAGAAAAGUUACAUCUGUAUUCUGUGGAGAAAUGGGUGGCGCAAAUGGGUUACGCGGUUUGUUAGUGGCAGCAAGCAAACAAGUACCAUGUGUCGAUUGUGAUAAUAUGGGAAGAGCCUUUCCUCGACUCGAUCAGAACCUGCCAUUUAUUCGAGGUCAAAAUGUCACACCUACUUGCUUGUGUGAUGUUCAUGGGCGUGCGGUGUUGUAUACACAAGAAACAGUCCAAGACGCACACGAGCUUGAGGAGACACUAAGAAAGGAAUGUACGAAGAUGGGUCUUAGAGGCGGAUUUUGUCUACCACCGCUGACAGGUGACCAAGUACAAAAAUACACAGUGCAUCAUAGUCUUUCAUUAGCUUGGUUCCUCGGCAAAGCUAAAUUUAGUCAUCAUAAUAAUGUCAUUCAGGCUGUCGCUCAAGCUGGUCAUGGUCAGAUCGUUGUUGCGGAUGGAAAAGUAGUCAGUGUAGAACGGAACACCGGGGCUGGCUUUGCUCGAGGUCAUGUAAUAGUCGACGUUGAAGGAAGAAUGCUGACAAUAGAUUUUCAAAAUGAAAAUUUAGUAGCUCGAUUUGAAGACAAUAUACUUGCCAGUGUACCUGAUCUGAUCACACUCGUCGAACAGGAUUCGGGUGAACCAUUAUCUACAGAAACUGUCAAAUACGGAUGCCGUGUCUCAGUGCUUGUGCUACCAGCAUCUGAGACAAUGUCCACACAAGAGGCUCUUAAAUAUGUAGGACCUAGGGCAUUUGGCUAUGAUCAUGAUUACAUACCACCUUCGCAUCGUGAUCCAGUCAAAUCCGUUUGGGACGUAUAUUAUAAUAAACCUUCUAUGUCAUACAGUAAUUCUAUAAUGAAUGACAGAGCAAAUUAA